ACAGGGCACUGGGUACCCAGCACUGAGCAGAUCACUCCUGGAGCUGAGAAUGUUCUGCAGUGGCAAAAGGCUGCUCUGCCUUGCUUUGGCAUGGGUGCUGCUGGCUCACCUCCACAGCCAGGUAGAAGCAGCAAGCAGCUUCGACUGCUGCCUUCGGUACACAAAAAGCAUCAUUCCUUCCAAAGCAAUUGUGGGUUUCACAGAACAGCUGGCUGACGAAGCUUGUGACAUUAACGCUGUCAUCUUUCACACCAAAAAGAAACUGGCCGUGUGUGCUGAUCCAAAGCAGGGCUGGGUGAAAAGGGCCGUGCGCCUGCUCAGCUUGAGAGUUAAGAGGAUGUAAACACUGAUGCUUUUCUGCAUGGAAUUGGACACAGUCCAAGGACGAAAUGCUCACACACAACUGGGGUUGGAGGCUGCACCUGCACAUCACUGUACGGACCUGAUUUGUGUCUCACUGGACUUGUCCAAUGGAUGAAGUUGAUUCAUAUUGCAUCAUAGUGUGUCUUGUUUAAGCUCGUGUUAGAGUUAAGUUGUGUUUUAUGUUAUUUAUAGAUCUAGGUUUUCUAUGUGUAGCUAUUUAAUGUUAAUUUCCCACAAGCUAUGGGAGGGCUUAAUCUAAGGUAUAAUAUUAUGUUUAAGGGAAUAAGAUUAUGUGGUCAUUCCUGUAGGUAAUAAGCUAUUGUAAAAAAUAUUUAAUUUUCUUCUGUGUAUUUAAUUGUUUCUUAAAUUGAUGUAAUUGCCUUGUCAAGCAGAAAGUAAUUAUGAUUAUAUAUUGAAAAUAAAAGGACUGAAAAGUUA